AUGUCUGAUGGAGACCGUGGCUCGGUGCUGCUGUCCGGCGCCGGAGCACCCAGCAGGCUUGCGACGGUGGGAUAUUGGACCAUCGCCGUGGGCCACUUGUGGGUGUUGCGAAUUCAUGCGCUGACCACAGGCGCAGAAGCAAUGCUAUUCGCAACUCUUGCUUUGGUUGAGGUUGCUUUGGCUUUGGAAGCCGCUGUUUACGCCGUUGGCGGGCUGGGAACCCAAAUUGGCCUGCCGAUCUUGACACUUCUUGGCCGGGUGCGCUUGCUGGGUGCGGCCAUGGCUUGGCCUUGGCUCCUUCCAUGGGUUUCCGAACUCGGUUGCCGCUGUCAUGUCGUCACUCCUGGUUACGGGUUGACCUUGGUGCAUGCCACGACCGCCCUGGCAGGUCUUCUGACUCUGUUCUAUCUUGGGGGCGAGAUGCAGCUUGCCGUCUUUGCAUCCCCAGCCAAUAGCAGCGACACGAUGACGGGAUGUAUGCCAAGUCCAAUUCUAGCAGGGCAGUUCCGCUUAGACAAGGCCGAUUUGGAGGAGACAGGAAGGGCGGUCUUUGUCCCUGCCCAAGCAAGGAAGGGCCUUUAUGUGGGAGCAGGACUGGCCUUACUCGUGCAUCUCUGCUUCGGGAUGGCGUUCGCUCUAUUUGGAGUCCCAGGCUUUCCACCCUGGCUGCUGGUCGGAGCCCUUGCAGCGAUGCUGGGCCGAUCAUUUGGACAGCUUCCCCCCAUGGCGAAAGACCGGGAGAAAGGCGCAUCCAAUGAUUCAAGGAUUCUUUGGCGACGCGAAGGUCCCCGAUUGGUGGUUCGCCUUUGUGAGCUGGCUUGGAUCUGGUGUUGCGUGAUGGAACUGCAGAGGUGUGAGACCUCCAGUGAGUGGCUUCCCGUUUGUGCCGCAUAG